AUGCCUCCUCCUAAUAUCGGCCCAGUCUUCACAAACAAGCUCAAAGUACAGCUCAAGCUGGCGAUUGCUCGCUUACGAUUGACCCAACAGAGAAAUGAGCAGCUCGGCAAGACACAACGGCGCGCGAUGGCGCAGCUUCUCGAGGCCGGCAAGAUCGACUCGGCCACGAUUCGCGUAGAGAACAUUAUCCGCAGCGACAUCACGUCCGAAUUACACGAGCUCCUGGAAUUAUACUGCGAGCUGCUCCUCGCACGCGCCGGGCUGUUGGAAGGACCGGUCUGCGAUCCGGGUCUGGAGGAAGCCGUCAAGAGCAUCAUCUACGCAGCGCCCAAGACAGAGAUCAAAGAGCUAAACGUGGUCAAGAAUCUGCUGGCAGAUAAAUACGGAAAGGAGUUUACCAUGACGGCGCUGGAGAACUCGGACGGCAAAGUGAGCGAAAAGGUGGUUCGAAAGCUGAGCGUGGAGCCACCGAGGCCAGAGCUGGUGCAGGGGUACCUCGAGGAGAUUGCCCGGGCGUAUGGGGUGGACUGGCCCAAGAGACGGACGCCGCCCCCUCCAGAGUUUGAAGACGGCGACGAUGACGACGAGCCGAGCAAUGGGGCCAAGGUGGAGGCGUCCACGGAGCCACAAGGGACUGACCAUCAGCCUGAGGCCGCAUCUACACCAGCCAAGGCGUUGCGGCCAGCCGGUCCGACCAGUCCUUUGACUGUCACACCACCUCGGAUGACGACGGAUAACGUGCACCCCAAGGUGACGUUAGGGUCGGUGGAGCUGAAGCCUAGUAAGAAGAUGGAGGAUGCCGCGUUACGGAAGAAGAAAGGUCCUGAUGGGUCGGUACCAGAUAUUAGUGAUCUGGAGAAGCGCUUUGCUGCGCUGAAGAAGCCCUAG